UUUUAUGUAAACUAUAUUACAAUGGAGUUAGUGAAAAAUAAAUCAAAACAAAACUAAUAUUCAGUGGCUCUAAUCCUCAGGGUAAAAGACCUUACUAUAACCUACAAGGCCUUGAAAAUGCCACUGUGCCUUUACUUUUUCUGCCUCCUCCUCUUUAUUCUUUAUGCUCCAGCCACAGAUGUCUCCUCGCUGUUCAAAACUGGCCAGGCCUGCUCCUGCCUCAGAGUCUUUGCAGUUGACAUCCCCUCUGCCUGCUACACUGGCACUUCUCCCAGAACUCCACCUGGCUCAGCCCCUUGCUUCCUCCAAGGCUUUGAACAAAUAUCACCUUCUCAGUGAAGCCUUCCUGGUCUGCCUGCCUGCCUUUCACCCUGAGUGUGUGCGUGCACGCACACACACACACUCACACACAUACACACACACACACUGUUCUCCAGUCAAACAGAAGAGUUCAUGUAUUCAGGAAUACACAUUGUUCUUGUGUGCUUCUCUGCCUUUGCCCUUGAUGCUCUUUAUGCCUUUUCUCACUGCACCACCUGGCUGCACAGAGAGGGAAAGAAACUUGUUCAUGGUCACACAGCUAUUAAGUGGCAGAGGUGGGAUUUAAAUCCAGCCAUCCCAUCCAGAGCCUAUGCACUCAGCCACUACAUUACACUGACAUGUACAUGCAAGCAUGAAGGAAGGCAGUGGAACAGUUUAGGCUGAAUUCCAUUCUGCUCCUGUUCUCCCCCUCCUGACUUCCCCCAGGAUCCUCUUUAAUUUUGUUCCCUUUUAGAAUCAUAAUUAAAGGAGAGAAACACAAAGAGAGAUUCUCCCCUUCAAACCUUUCUGUCCACAUUAACUUCACUACGGGGGGCUUGGGGAAUUCCAAGUUUGCCCAGAAAAUUGCUAUAGCAGUACAACAUAAAAUGUAUUUAAGCAAUUACAUUCAAUUUUUUUUUUCUUUUUGGUAAAUUGACUUCUGUUAAAUGGGGCUUCAUUAAUGGAAUCUGGCUUGGGGAGAAUUAAAAAAAAAUCACUCCCUUUAAUGCAGGUAGUUGAUUAUAGAAAAGUGGCUUUGAGCUCCUCUGCAGAAAGCUCUGAGCCCUUCUCUUCAUGAAGGAGAGCUCAGAGCCGAUUUUGUGGGAAGCAUUUCUUCUUAAGAAGCUUCUCCUGUGCAGUCGGGAUGUUGGGGAGCUGAGAGAUCCCCACCAAGAUGACAACAGUGACUGUGCAAGGAAUUGCUGCCUAAUUGUAAGUCGAGGGGGAGGAGUGUUAGGAGAUAAUGGUUUAAAUCUUAGUAUCCUUGAAAACUGACAUCUUCAGGAGAACAUUCAUUCAUGCAAUCACCAAGCACAUCUCGUGUACAAGGCACUGUGCUUGCAAGUGAGGGCCAUUCCCACUGUGGUUCCCUAGAUACAGGGAGUCCCUGAAAAGCCUGUAAUGUAUAUGAUUCAGCUGCAAUGUCUUCUUUUCUGUUCAGUCUCCAUUCCUCCAUCAAUAGCAUCUGGCUUCUGUCCUCCCAGAGCAUCUUCUGUGGGCAUUAACUGUUAAGUAAGCUAUGUGUACAGCCCUGGUCUGAUUCAGAGUUGAAGCACUUCUGCAUCCCCGUACUAAGCAUAAACCAUCCUUCCCCAUCCCCAAGGCUGGCCUAGGAGAAUGUGUGAAAUAUAGGAGGUCCUCACUACCUCAUCCCUACUCCCAAGCCCUCUUCCCUUCCCACCUGUCACCUGCUUUCCUCCCUAAUAAAUGGAGAGGACACCAGGAUACAAUCAGAGAAACCCUUUUGAAAAUGUCUUGGUCAGUGGUGGGCAAAUAGUCCCAAGACCCUUGUUUGAUCCCUCCUCUGAUCCCUCCUGCCAAUCAUCCCUUCUCUGCCAAGAGAAGGCUGAUCCCUCCUCUGCCAAACCUAAGCCACCUCUCAUUCCUUAAGCAAACCUUUAAUGACUCAGCCUUGACACCCGUUCUCAUCAAAAUGCUUUCCAAAAUCAGUUUUCCUUCAGCUAAAUUCCUAGGACUUGCUAUGUCAAGAUAAAUGCUUUCCCCAAGACAAUCCCAUGAUGUUACAUAUUUUCCAGGAACUGAAUGAAUGCCUGGGACAAAUGGAAGUUUCUUUUGAAUAUGAGCCACUGGGCCUUAUUUUUGAAAAGAUCCCCCGCUGCCUCCCAAGACUUUCUUUCCCAGCAGUGCCUGCCCACCCUGGUUGUAUGGACAGCUCUGAAAGAUCUGAGCCAGCCUUUAAAGAUUCAAUUUCCGGCUACCCUAGUAAGUGUUUGGGAUCGGUUACUAUGCUCUGAACAAAUCAAAGCUUUCCCCCAGUCAUUCCUACUCCUUAGUGCGACUGCUCCCCGUAAUCCACACCAUCCUCCUGGUCACCUACCCCAGGCAGCAUCCUCAACUCCCCCCUCUCCUUCACCCCUAUCGCCAGUUGUGGCCAAGUCUUCUCCAUUUCAUGUCCUCAUCAUUUCUCACCUGGACUACAGAGAUGGGCUUCUGAUUUGCCCUCUGCCUCUGUUCCAUCUUCCAUACUUUGUGGGGAGAUUUGAUCAAAUCCCUGCAUUGCUGGAAAGCCAGCAGCAAUGGUUGAACCCACUGGCUCCAGAAUAAAGUCCAAGUUUUUUUAAUGUCUUUCCUCUUCAAUGACACACACUUUGAGAUCCAGCUACACAGAAUGGCUUGUACAUCUGGAAUGUGACUAAUACUUUCAUGUCUUCAUGCCUUUGCACGUGCUAUUCCCUCUAUUUGGAAUGCCCUUUUCCUGUUGCCCCACCUGGCUACUUGGGAAAAUAUCACUGAUCCUAUAAACCUAACUAAAUAUUUCCUUUCCUCCAUCUCUCCCUCUUGCUGCCCCCAAUAGACCUGACCCUGCCAUGGUCCUGGGCAUACCAAAUUGUACUCAUCUUUUGAGUUGACCAUCUCUCCAACUAGCAGGCAAACUCCAAGGGAGCUGGAAUAAAAUCUUCUUUUUGUCUCAGUGUCUCCAGUGCACAGCACAGUGCCUGGCACACAGAACAAAUAAAUUUCAUAGAACAGGGGUUGGCAAACUGUAGCUUGCUGCCUGUAUUUGUAAAUAUAGUUUACCAGAUCAUAACCAUGCCCAUUCGUUCUUUUACAUAUUGUCUGUGGCUGCUUCCAUAUUGCAAUGACAGGGUUAAGGAGCUGUGCAAGAUGACGGCUUGCAAAGCCCAAAAUAUUUAUUUUCUGGCUUCUUACAGAAAAAAAAAGUUUGCUAAUUCCUACCAUAGAAGCCUCACAGAUGAUGUAGUUGGUUGGUAAAUAAAAAUUUCAUUUCUAAGUAGGAAAUCAUAAAAAAAGGACACAGAUGUAGCUUCAACAUUUAAUUAUAAUGUACAACACUUAAACCUACAUUUAUUUGCCAAUGAGUUAAAUGCAGGACUAAGGCCCUUCCUUUGAUCAUGAGUUUGUUCUCCACGUUGUCUGUCUUAUAUAAACUACAACCAUAAUGCAUCAUUCACCAUUUCCAAUGUUGCUACAGAUUGUCCAGCCAACAAAUAUUUCUUGAGCAACUGCUAUGUGCCAGGCAUUGACACCCAUUCUCAUCAAGGUGCAAAGGAUGCUUUGUCCCAUCCCCCUCCCCUCAUGUAAUGUACCCAGUGGGGUACAGUUGUCUCAUUCACUCACACCUAAUAUCUAGUAAGCAAUUCUUUUAAGAGACUCUCCCCUUUGUGGAAUCAUUCCAAAGCAUUCAAUUUAGUUUCCAUAGAUGCAACUGUAUUUCCUUUCACACUCAUAUUUCAUCAGUUUAUGUGAUGUUUAAUUUAAAUCACAUAAUUACAAUAACAAGUAUGACUGGCACUGAGAGACUUGGCAACAAACCCAACUGAAUCUCGGAAAGUGCAAGACUCAGCUGAUGGGAGCAGAAGUGCACAGGCAUAGAGGGUGGGGGUGGGAGAUGGCCUGUAGGCAGCAGGUGCUGGGGGUGCCAUGGGCACCUGUCAGGAAGAUCUACUGAGGCCAUGGGAGUGCUGGGUAGUCCAAGUGGCUUCUUUCGGGGAGGGGAGUGGGUUAAGAACACUUUCAUUAGACAUGCUUUGUGAAUGAAUGAAUAGAUGAACAAACAGCAGUGGCUUGCUUUCAGUGGUGGGAUAUCAAAUUAUAUCCCCUCUGCUAUCACGAGAGUGGGAACCAGCUAAUCUUAAAAUCUGAGAUUUGAGAAGGACUUCAGAGGUCUUCUAGGUCUAAUGCCCAGCUAUAUAGGAAUCUCAACCACAGCAUUCUUGAAAAAUGGUCAGUUUUGAUCUAUUUUGAAUGUUCCCAACAAUUAAGAAUUUACCUUCUUGCCAAAUUCUCUCUCCCAAUCUUGAUCCAUCCCCACUCUUUUCCUAGUUACUUCCUACUCAUCCUGCAGGUGUAUCAGCCCCUGGCUCAGGAAACCUGUCAUUGUUGCUGAGUCUGGUUUACUUCUCCUUUGUUCCUUCUGGGCACCCGGCACUUUCUCUACCAUAGUGCUUGUCUCACCAUGCAUUGCUGAACUAUGAGCUCCCUGAAGACAGGAGCUGUUUCUUUCUUGUUCACAGUCCUUUCCUUGGUACCUUGGAGAGUGCCUGACACAAAGAAAGGGCUCAGUAAAUAUCACUCAGUGGAAGAAGGGAUGAUUGGCCAAAUGAAUGAAUGAAUGAGAUCCUGCUGGUGAAAGCAGAGGUUACAUGUGGGGAAAAGCAGAGAAAGAGGCAGUGAGCAGGUGAGCCAGGGAAUAGGAGGGAGGGCCUCCAGUGCCAUGUGGGCUUCACCCGGGUUUCCUAUGGCACUGCCCACUCCUGUCAAGACAUGCUUCCCCACUCCUAGUUCCUCAGCCCUGGCUGUGCCCCCCUACCUGCUUCACUCAGCAGCUGCUGGUACCUUCCUGGGGAUUCUUGCCAUGCUGACCUAUCCCCAAAGCAGCAACAGUGGGGUCUGCUAAUCAAUGUGGGCAAAUGUUCCCCUUUCCCCAGAAGCAACUCAAUAAACUCAACAAAUUAUCAGAGCUCUUUCCUGCUCAGCUAAUUGUUAGCUCUAGGGAACCCACACAAACCACAUCAGGUAAAUGUUUUUUCUCCAGAUGCACAGCUCUCUGGAGGACAUACAUCUGGGGCUGGGAGUGCUGAGGGACAGGGAGCCUGGCUGUGUUUGUUGUCGGGAUGAGGGCUUCCUCACCAACGUGCUGGGCCUUGUGCAUUGGGUGGUGGCAUAUUGUGAAGGUCUAGGGGUAGCUUGGUGUGUCAGUUUCCUUCCAUUGCUAGCUCAGCUGCUCAGCCGGCAGAGCUGAUGGGUAAGGUGUUUCCUGCCUCUAUAGAAAGGAUCUUCCCAUCGUGCCGAAGUGACAGAACAGGGUUGGGUCUGAAGAUCAGAAUUGGUGCCGAUGCCAAGCUCUGGAUGAGGAGGCUUGAUCCCCAGCAGCUUUUCUGAGUUGCCCACUCCAUCCUUUACUGUCUCCAGGUCUAAAUCAGGCAGUUCUACUUUCUUAUGAGGACUAGAAGCCUUUGAAGACCAGUCUCCUUCCCUCAACCCACAGCUCCUGAAAGGGGCAGCCAUGUACAUCAUAUGACUCAUAGGCUACAGGUGAUUGGAUCCUGGUGGUCAUGUGUCCCAAGCUAGGCCAAUCAGCUGAUGGAACUUCUAUCAGGAAGGUAGGUCCCUAUGGCCCCCAUUUGAGGUUUGGAUGGAGAGAAGGGCUGCGUACUCACUUCAAUGAGGAAAAGAUUCCACAGGCGCGGCUUUCCCAGGGGAGAUUUGGGAAAUGGUGUCCUAGCAUCAUUUCUCCCAUGUCUGUUGCUGCCUCCCCAACUUGCCCUUAUUACUCUUAUAUGAUGUCCCGAACCUUGUACAUUUAUCCUCCAGGUCCUAAGCCAGUCUGACUGGACAGAAUCUAAGAGCAGUCUCCACUCUGACCAGCUGCUGAGCCUUUAGCUGGCUGUCCCCUGUCCCCAGCCCAAGUCUCUAUUACACAUUAGAUCUGAGAUCCGGGAUGGCAGCGCCGAGGACUGGCAGCCUCCAUGCGCUAGGAUGUUAAAGCCUAUCCCCGUCAGACUUGGCCCAGAACAGGGUGCAGCCCUCAAGAGUGUGGUGAUUACAGCACAUUCACACUCAACUCUACUCAACCCUCUUCUUCCUGGCUCGAGUAUCUGUCUAAGUGAAGAUGACACCUAUCUGGCUCAUCACCUGUCUUGUUCCCCACAGAGGCAAUAGGUUUAAAAAGGUUAAGGGUUAAGGGCCAGGCCUUCGAAACCAGACAGUGCUAUAUUUGAAUCUGGGUUCCACUGUUUCCUAGUGUGAACAUAGGCAUGUGACAUAACUUCUCUGAGCCUCAGUUUCCUCAUCUGUGCAAUGGGAUUCCUCUGAGCAGCAUUGUUCAUGUGUGUAAUGUGACCAAGUCUGUGCCUAGCAUACAGUAGGUGCCUCACAAACGUGAGCUAUUUUCCCCCUGCCUUGCUGGGGUUUGAGAAGAGGGGGUGGGAUCUUACCAGGGCCUUGAACCCUUCCCUUCAGAGCAGACUUCAGAGCAGCCUGGCUUAGUUUUCUCCAGGGAAAUGAAGCACCUGCAUCUACUCUGGUGACAGAGCAGUGCAGGGGUAGAAGGACAGGGCACUCUGUUGUACCCAGACCAGCCAGUACACCUGGCCAUCACCUUCCCUCUUUCUCUGGGGAACCCCAGCCUGGCCUCCACUGGCUCCUGCUUCCUCAGCCUUGCCCGCUUUCCACCUGUCACUGGCAGACAUGACUUGGAGAAGGAACCUGCUUCCUGCCAUAGAGGGUGGCACCGCUUACCUUGCAGAAGCCUCCAUUGCUUGUAAUUAGUACUAUUUCUCACGCAGAGGGACUGCUGUAAAUGGCUUCUUGAGGAGCUGCCCACAUCAGUGUGUACCUGCCACUCAAAUGCCACUCUGAGUUUGAGCAUCAUGGAUGUUCUUUCCCCUGUCAGGAGGCAACUAGUGGGCCCUGCCAGAGAUCAGCAGCUCUGAUGCCCAGAAGAAUGAGUGAGCUGCCCAACAGCUGGAGAAUGGGUGGGUUAAACAUCUCACACACACCAAGGCUAGCGAGCAAGUGGUCCUAGAGUCCCAUGGAGCUGAGUUCUAAUCCUGCCUUCAUCAUCUGCUGGCCAUGUGACCUUGGAGAGGUGGCUUCACUUCUCUGAGCCCCUCUUUCCCCAGUUUAUAUCUCAUAGUGCGAUUGUGAGUGAUGCUCACAAAGUUCCCUCUAAGGCCUCAAGACAUGACAUCUAUAAUUCUUGGCCCUGCCAUAUCUCUGUACAGCAAGGUAGGCUCGUAGGCAAAGGCAAUAAGAUUUACUGAAUAGAAAGCAAUUUGGGGUGGAGACUUUGCACAUGGGCCCUAGAAGGAGACUGCCUGGAUUCAAGUAUCAUCAGCUCUAAACAUACUGUCUCACUUUGGGCAAGUAACCGACCUGCUUUGGGCCUCGUUUCCCCAUCUAUAUAGUAAGGAUAAUAACAGCACCCACUUCAUUGAGCUGUUAAAAGGUUUAAGUGAGGUGAUGCACAUAAAAGGUGCCUGGCACAUAGCAUGUGCCCAAAAAGCAUCAAAAAUGGGGGAGAGGAGUAUUCCUCUCUUCUUGUAUUGCUUGCUGCCAUCCAUCUGGAUUAAUGCCUUAUACUUUGGCUUUCAGAUGGGAGAAAUGCAGAUCACAUCCACCUACAGAAGAAAUGAUUGGCUGCUAUGGAUUGUCGCUAAACCAUAGGAAGAGUAGAGUUAUAGCUGGCCUCAGGGAUGGCCAGAACCAGGAACUCCGAUGCUACAAAGCCUCUCUCUCUGUGCCCCAUCUAUGUUGUGGUCUGCCCGCUGGCAUCAUUCUUUCUAUUGCAAAUGGUGGCUGCUUGAGGCUGGGGCCAUGACCACCCUUAGUAGCUCUGUGAUUCACUCUCUCACCUUCACCACUAAAGAGAAGAUGAUGAUCUCUCCCCAUGAUUCUAAUUAGAAAAAGCCCAUCAGAGGCCUCUGAUUAGUUUAGCUGGGGAAUGUGCCCAUUCCUGGGGCCAAGGAGGUGGCCCCCACUAGAACCCCAUGACUAGUUUGGGGACAAUUCUCCAAAAGAAGGAAUGUGCUCAAAAGAAGGGAGGAGCACUAGGCAGACAAAACAAAAGAUGUCUACUGUGGAUGAAGGAGAAGUAGGUGGAGUGAAUGAUCAGUCACUCUCCUAUUCUGUGGUAUAAAGGAGUAGGUUUUUAAAGACCUGUGAGGAGUGUCUAUAGAUCACUGUGUGAGGUAUCAACCCAGAGUUGAUCUUGUUCUAGGUCUGUCCCAUAUCCUUUCAUAGGUAGCCAGGCAUCCCCCCACCAUGCUGAUCCCAUUCUGUGUCUAAUCAUCUGACCACUGCCUGCCCACCUGUCCACUAGUCCAUUGGUCUGGGUGCUGACACCUCACCUGGCUUUGGCAAGCCUCUGCCCUUGGGAGGAGAUGCAGGCUCCAUGCUUAUUUUCAGAUGCUGGUUCUAUAGGUCAUCCAGGUCAGUUGACCUCCUGGACUUGGAAUAUCCCAUGACCUAGAGAUAAGUUGACUAGAUCCAUCCAGAAUGAGGAUCAACCCAGAUUAGAAAAGACUCACCUGAAUCUUUUUAAACAUUGAGAUUUAGACAACUUUUUCUCCUUUCUUCUUCCCUCCUCCUGAAAUUCUUGGCCUUGUUCCUUCCCGGUUGCUUCCUUACCCUAGCCCCAACCAAGGGAGAUCCUAGACUACCCAUAGAGGCUAAACAUAUGAGCCAAAGGGUCAAACAAGCUUGAGUUCGAAGGCUGGCUCUGCCACUUAUUGCUCUGCGGCCUUGGAUAAAUUAAUCUCUCUUUUCAUGCUUCCAGGCUUCCAGAGAUGAUGUACCCAAAGUAUGAUCAUCAUAUUUAUUAAAAUAUUGUGCUCACAUCUGAUUAACAGCUCCUGGCAAGAGGUCAGUGCCAAAGAGUCUUGGACUGACUGCUUAUGGCCUCCCUAUCUUCUUAUUAUGUAGCGAUCCAGGUGAAUUCAGAUGAUUUCCUGGAUUACCACCCUCCUUCCUGAGACACAUCCAUCCCUCAAAUACUGUUCAUCACUGGCCAUCAAAGCAGCAGCCACACUGCUCCAGCAACUCAACAGCUAUUUAUUGAGAUGAGUGUGUGAGUACAUGAGUGAGUGAAUGAACUGAAAGAACAUAAGAGUGAAUUAAUUGGUAAGUGAAUGGGUGAAUUAGUGACUUAAUGAAUCAGCAAGUGAGUGAAGAAGAGUGUGCAGGAUUGAAUAUAUCAUGUUCUCCUCCCUCAACAAAUCGAAUAUGCGGUGGUGUAAAACUUUCACCUUAAAAUGUGUCUUCUGCAUUAAUACAAGCAGGGGUUAAGAAUGGCAGAGGAAAAGUUACAGACAAGAAGCUGGAGGAGAAAGAUACUGUGCUAGUUUCCUAUUGCUGCCUUUACAAAUAACGGCACAUUUAGGGGCUUAAAGGACACAAAUGUAUUGUGUUAUAAUUCUGGAGGUCAGAAGUCCAAAAUGGGUUUCAGCAGGCCAAGAUCAAGGUGUGGGGAGGGCUAAGCCCCUCUGGUGGCACCAGGGAAGAAUCCUUUUGCUUGCCUUUUCCAGCUGCUAGUAACCACCUGCAUUUCUUGGCUUGUGGCCUCUUUCCCUUGUCUGCAAUACCAGCAGUGUAGCAUCUUCAAAUCUCUCUCCACCUCUGAUCCUCUGCUUCUCUCAUCACAUCUCCUCUGACUGUGACUCUCCUGCCUUCCUCUUACAAAGGCCAUGUGAUUCUAUCAGGCCCACCUGGAUAAUCCAGGAUCAUCUCCCUAUCUCUAAAUCCUUAGAGUAAUUUUAGCUACAAAGUCCCUUUUGCCAAGUAAGGAACAAAUUCACAGGUUUCAGGGCUUAGGACACCGGCAUCUUUGAAGAGGCAUUCUUCUGCCACUUGCAGAUGCCUUGCUCAGAGGGUAAAUGCAACCAGUGAGUCCCACUCCACAGAGGAAGGGGCAGGAGGGGGAUGAAGGAAGUUUCAAAGCAUUUGACAAACACAUGCCUAUGCCAGGUAUUUUUGCUAUUGUUGCUGUGGCCUGAGUACGAAGGGUUUUGAAAAGCUCACAUGAUUCCAUCAUGCUCCAAAAUUUGAGAGAUACUUUGACAGAGAUAUGCUAAGACCAUAUGCUGCUGUAAUUGAGGGUAAAAUCUGGCCCUGUGAUUCCUGGAGGUGAUGGAUCAAGAACAGGGUGUCUUUACCCUGGGUGCACAUUGCUAUCAACAGGGAAGAUUUUUUUUUCCCCAAAAAAUGUUAUUUUGAAAUAAGAAACGAGUACAAAGAUCGUAUAGAAAUGUCCUGUAUAUCCCUCACCCAGAUUCCCUAAUGUUGGCAUCUUACAUAACCCUGGGACAUGCGUAAAAACUAAGAAAUCAGCAAUGGUACAGUACUAUUAACUAAAUGAAACAUUUUAUUCAGAUCUUCCCAGAUUUCCACCAGUGCCCCACUUUUUUUUCUGUCCCAGGAUUCAGUCUAGCAUCUCUCAUUGCAUUUGUCCUGUCUUCUUGGUUUCUUCCAAUCUGCAUUAGUUUCUUAGUCUUGCAUUGGUUUUUUUAAGAUCUUGACAUUACUGAAGGGUACUGAUCAGGUGUUUGGUAGAAUGUUCUUUAUUUCAGUUUGUCUAAUGAUUUUUCAUAGACCUUGGCUAUGGAUUUUUGGGAAGAAUAUCAUGGGGGUGAGAUGCUCUUAUUAUGGCAUCACAGAAGGGGGUUCUGUGAUCUCAGCAUGACCCGUUACUGAUAAUGCUUACUUUGAUCACUUGGUUAAAGUGGUGUCUGCCAGAUUUCCCCACUGUUAAGUUACUGUUUGUCCUUUUCCAUGUUCUAUUCAAUAGGAGUGGGUGGCUAAGUCCAGCCCACACUGUAGGAGAUGGAGAGUGCCAGCUGUUUUUAUUCCUAUCAUUUCAAUUUGUUUCAUCCUCAUGGCUUUAUUAUCACCUCACUACUUCUUAGAGAUAUGGUUGUAAUGAGCUAGACUUGCCCAAAGCUACUCAGCUACAAAUGGUAAAGCUAGAAUUUGACCUUAUAUCUGUCUGGCUUCAAAGGCCAUGUUCUUUCCACUUCAUGUUAUUGUCACCAAGUAAAGAGGAUCUCACAGUCUCCAAGGUGGGAGCUCCCUCUCAGCUUGUCUGGAUGGUGUUUUUCAAACCCAUCCUUGGAGGGUGACCCAUCAGUGGGUCAUAAGGUCAGUCUGUGGGUGGCAUUUUAAAUAACAACAUAAAGUAGAAGUGACUAGAACAGAGUAGAAAGUAAGAGUACGUCAUACAAGUAGAACAUUUUUAUCUCUAUAUCUUCUGUGCUUUGCUACCUUUAUCCUUGUAUGGAGAUAGAAAUAGCCCUCCCAUAGGCUUGUUAUGAGGAUUGAAUGGAAUGAUAUACAUAAAGUGCUUAGAAGAGAGGCUGGCUCAUAUUAAGUAUUAUAUAAAUAUUAAGUAUGUAUGUAUGUAAAUGAGUCAUGAUGUAAAAUGUAUUUCUUAUUGCAGACUGCAAUCAAGAUGUUUGAAAAUACUGAACUCACAUCUGUGGACGACGAGUUGGCAGAUUUAUGACCCCCAGCUUGCAGCCUAUUUUUUUUAAAAUAAGGUUUUAUUGGAACACAGCCACACUCAUUGGUUUAGGUAUUUUCUAUGGUUACUUUCGGGGUAUAGUGGCAGAGCUGGGUACUUGCAACAGAAACCCUGUGGUUCACCAAGCCUAUCAUAUUUACUAUCUGGCCCUCUAGACCAAUGCUCCUGCCUGGAGGUCAUCUCAUAAUCUAGGGAAUAUUGGACACCUCUUCCUGGGCAUGUGGUCUGGUCAUGCCACUGUCCUUGUAGGCAUGCUUGCUCUGCAGACCACUCCAGGCUAUGUGACUGCCGGGCCCUUGGAUCUCCAGAAGCUCAUUACUCUUCUCUAUGAAACUGAUGCCUACAUGGUGAAAGGCUAAAAACAUGGUACUUUGGUUAGGGUCCCAGCAGGAAACAGAUGGCCACUCAAAAUUAAAAUAAUUGGUGAGGCCAGAGUGUGGGAAAGUAGCAGAGACCUCAGAGGCUCAUAAACGUCGAGCUUUUACCACCCUAGGCAUAAGGAGAUAAUGAGAGGGGGCAAUGCCUGUAUUGGAAGGAGAGAGUCACUUAGAGAGAACAUCUUAUGAGGACCAGUGACCUUUAGUCCAGGGACACAGAACCAGCUACAGCUGACCCUGGGGUGGGGAUCCAGGAGAAUAAAUGCCUUGACCUAAUUUUCCUCCACCUCUGAUCUCCUAUGGGGGGACCCCAUUGACCAAAGUGAGAUGGAAACCAGAGAGUAUGGGAUCCAUUGAUGUGGCUCAUACAGACCAGCUUCCCAGGCCAGAGAAGGCUGAAAAGAGAAGGUUGGAGAAGGCUGGAAAGGGGAUCUGGAAUGGCAAAUCUUAGAUACCCAGCACACAGCAUUGAUUUAGGAAGCCAGAUUUAUUUACCUUUCCUAAGCUCCCCUAAACAAGGACUUUAGGGGAGAUUGACAUAGCUUUUCCCUUUUACUGCCUUUUCUUCUUAAAUCUGUUAGCUUCCCGAUAGCUAUUGUGGGUUAAUCUUCCUGGAUCUUAUCAUCAUGAGAGGGAUGGAAGGUUAUGAACAGAGACACAGAUAAGCUACUGUGUGUGUGUGUGUGUGUGUGUGUGUGUGUGUGUGUGUGUGUCUGAGCCUGAGCAGAGUCUGAUUAAUAUGUGAAUUUUCAUUAAAGUUCUUCCUCAUGUCUCAUCUUUUGGUCUCAGAAAGGAGUUGUGUCCCAUUCUUCUAUGCAGUCCUGCUCAUGUCCAGCAAAUGUGUGAGUCGACCUCUGGCCCCUUGGGAGAAAGAGCCAGGGGAAAAAAGGCUACCUCGGCUGAGAAGUGUCCCCAGAGGAAUCUGUUCCUUUGCCAGACCCCCUGCUAGCCCAGACUUCCUUGUCUGGCACUUGAUAUCUUAUAGGCCCCCAAAUCCUGCCACACAACUACAGCUUGUCCCCUGGAGGGGCUUUCCUGGCCAGUCCAGAAUGCUCAAUUUAUGAAAGAUCAUAAGCUCACACAGGGGAAGGGGCUGGCUUGGGCCACCACCUUGCAGCAGAGCUGGGGCAGAAUUCAGGAUUGGAGACUCUUAUUAGUUUCCAUCUUUCUUUUACAGAAGAUGAACGUUGAAGUCUUGGAACCCUGGGAAUGAACCUCGAAAAAUUCAAAAUAUGGUCAUCUUAGGCAAGUUUCCUUGUCUGGCUCAGCUGCUGAGACCACACAUCUGGACCCUCAGUGCCCUGGCAGCAGCUCUGUGCAGACAGGAUGAAGUACAGGCUUAGGUCAAGCAAUCAGCAGUCAAAAUCCACACUCCCACCCGUGAGUGACUGUUCAACCUUGAACAUGUUACUUUUUAUGUUAAUGAAACCCGGUUUUCUAGUCCUAUAAAUUUGGGGCUAUCAUCAACCAUUAAGUUACAUUAAACUCAAUGUCACACAGGCAAGUACCUAGCAGUGUCCAAAGGCCCAAAAAAUGACACUUUUUCAUCUUUUCUCUUCCCUCCAAUUAAAAGACUAGUGGAAUAUCCGCAACUACUUUGACCAAAAGCCAGAAGCCAGCCAGUUUGAGCGUAGCUGUUACAGCUUUGUGUUCUAAACCUAAGAAAUGGGGACCCCUCACAUGAGAGUGGGGAGGCUUCUGGAUGUGCUACAAAUUCCAUCUCAUUUUCAUGGACUCAAGUGUUAAUUAAUAAAAUCUCAAGGUUCUCCUCCCUCUUUCCCCUCACAUUUCUUCAGAGAAACGAAGAGUUCAAACUCACAGCCCAAGCGCUCAGGUUUUAAAUUAGACAACUUUGUCCUGACAGGAACCAAGUCACAGCUGUCAUACCUGAUUACUUUUAGAGUUACUACUAAACCCUUUGUAUGGCAUGAGCUGCCACUGUUCAAGGCAAACAGAAAGACUUCACAUUUUAUCAUGACAGCCCUGGAGCUAUCCACCUCCCUAUGUUCAUUAUUCUCAGCCUGUCUUUGGAAGGGAUGAUGUGGCAUCCUGACAAUCGUAUAGUGAAGAAAGCAGACCCCAUGGCCUGUCACUACAGCCUAGGGAUUUUAAGCCCCCAAAGUGCAGCAAAACCCACUGCCUCCAGAAAGCCAAGGAAAAUUAUUUCUGGGGGACAUAGCUGCCUCAUAGCCUUCUAUGAAUGAACCAUCAUCUUUCAUGAGAGGCAACAAUUGACCCUCAAGUAACCAACCAAUAAGAACACCUGUACACAAAUGCCCACAGGUGUUGGCUGGGAUUGGCUGGCUUGUGGAUGAUGUCACAGUUUCCCUCCUCUGACUCAACAAUGCCAUCACUACUGAAAAGGCUGAGCCCUGACUGCAGCUCUUGCAGACAGAAAAAUUCACCGCAAGCAGAGCACCUUCUAGAUUGCUCCUGGAGUGUGGGGACAACAGUCUCUCCUGCUCAAGUUACUGAAUCCAGAAAAAAGAUGAACUUACGAACAUGGGAAAAGAAAUCCAGCUAAAGCCUAAGGCAAAUGUCUCUUCUUACAUCCACUUUUUGCUGAAUUACAGAAACAAAUUCAAGGAGCAGCAGCCAAAUACCUACGUUGGCUUUAAAGAGUUCUCUAGAAAGUGUUCGGAAAAAUGGAGAUCCAUCUCAAAGCAUGAAAAGGCCAAAUAUGAAGCCCUGGCCAAACUCGACAAAGCCCGAUACCAGGAAGAAAUGAUGAAUUACGUUGGCAAGAGGAAGAAACGGAGAAAGCGGGAUCCCCAGGCACCCAGACGGCCUCCAUCAUCCUUCCUACUCUUCUGCCAAGACCACUAUGCUCAGCUGAAGAGGGAGAACCCGAGCUGGUCGGUGGUGCAGGUGGCCAAGGCCACAGGGAAGAUGUGGUCAGCAACGACAGACCUGGAGAAGCACCCUUAUGAGCAGAGAGCGGCUCUCCUGAGAGCUAAGUACUUCGAGGAACUUGAACUCUACCGUAAACAACGGAAACAAUGUAAUGCCAGAAAGAAGUACCGAAUGUCAGCUAGAAAGCGGUGCAGAGGGAAAAGAGUCAGGCAGAGCUGAUGGAUCCAGUUUGAAAAAAUAAAAUGCCAUUCA